CGCCACAGCCCACCUCACACAUAUGAAUCCGUAGAUGGAAGUUACUCUACAAAUUUGCUUCCUGCUAAAAUGAGGAUUUGGACAUGAAAGGACAGAGUAAUUACUGUAAGAACCUCAAGAUGAUAUCUAUGCAACUCAGUGGAUCUUCCUAAAAUUGUUUGAAGUUUUGCACAAAAAAAAAAAAGGGAAGAGAAAAAACUCAGUCUGCAGAAGAGAUUGUGCAACGUCGUUUCUUCUUUUUUUCCACUUCCUUCCAGGUCCUAGUCUAUUUUUCAAUUGUUAUAAUUUAAUUGAUAGUUUUGCUUCAAUUUCAUCUAGAUGCUAUCCUCUGUCAGUAGCACUGUUGUUCAAAAGACUGGGUCUGAACCAAUUCCCUGUCAGCAUGUUACCACAACUACAGAAACAGGUGCUGGAACGGGAGGGAUCUAUUCUGCCAUCCUCAGCCGCAACCAGCCCAUCACUGAAGUCAAGGAGAAAACCUUUCAGGAGCUUCAUAAGAAGUGCCUUCAGAAGAAGACCCUUUAUGAGGAUCCAGAUUUUCCAGCUAAUGACAGCUCCCUUUUCUUCAGUCAAAGGCUCCCAGUCAAAUUUGAGUGGAAAAGACCCUCAGAAAUCUGCGAGAAUCCACGCUUUAUCCUUGGUGGAGCUAAUAGGUCUGACAUUUGUCAAGGGGAACUAGGGGACUGUUGGUUUCUGGCUGCCAUUGCUUGUCUGACCCUGAAUGAAAAACUAUUGUUCCGGGUCAUUCCAGAAGGUCAGACCUUCACAAAAGAUUAUGCUGGGAUUUUUCACUUCCAGUUCUGGCGUUAUGGAAGUUGGGUGGAAGUUAUCAUCGAUGAUCGUUUACCAACAUAUGGAAAACGUCUGGUCUUCACUAAAUCCUCCCAGCAGAAUGAAUUCUGGAGUGCAUUACUGGAAAAAGCUUAUGCAAAGCUUCAUGGGUCCUAUGAAGCAUUAAAAGGAGGCAACACCACAGAGGCCAUGGAAGAUUUCACAGGAGGAGUAACAGAAUUUUAUGAAAUAAAGGAUGCUCCUAAAGAUACAUACAAAAUCAUGAAGCAUGCCAUUGAGAGAGGGUCACUUAUGGCUUGCUCCAUUGAGGACAGUUCAGGAUUUAUCUAUGGAAGUGCCCCAACAACUAAUAUUGAAGAAUUCAUUAUCCAAAAGUUGCAGAAGGUGAAUUCUGAAUUUUUAAACGAGUCAAAUGAAGAAACAGAAGAUCGAACAACCAGGACCAUCAUUCCAUUGUUGUAUGAAAGGCGCAUGACUAAUGGACUGGUCACAGGUCAUGCAUAUUCAGUUACAGGAGUAGAAGAUACAACACUUAAAGGGGAGAAGAUAAAACUGGUGCGGCUCAGAAAUCCCUGGGGACAAGUAGAAUGGAAUGGAGCUUGGAGUGACAACUCAGAUGAAUGGAAUGAUAUUGACAAUGCUGAGAAGGUCCGAUUGCAACAUAAAAUUGCAGAGGAUGGCGAGUUUUGGAUAUCAUUCAAAGAUUUUCUGAGAUAUUUCACAAAGUUGGAGAUUUGUAAUCUCACGCCUGAUACACUUGAGGCUGAUAAGCUUCAUACAUGGACAGUUUCCGUCACGGAAGGACAAUGGGUACGAGGCAGCACUGCAGGUGGCUGCCGUAACUAUCCAGACACUUUUUGGACCAAUCCCCAAUAUCGUUUGAGACUCCUGGAAGAAGAUGAUGAUCCAGAAGAUACAGAGGUGAUAUGCAGUUUCUUGGUGGCACUGAUGCAGAAAAACAGGAGAAAAGAGCGCAGACUAGGAGCCAAUCUCCUCACAAUUGGUUUUGCCAUCUACGAGGUGCCGAAAGAGAUGCAGGGUGACAAGAAACACUUACAGAAGGAUUUUUUCCUUUACAAUGCCUCCAAAGUAAAGUGCAAAUCUUACAUAAACAUGCGAGAAAUCGCAGAACGUUUCCGGCUACCACCGAAUGAGUACGUCAUCAUCCCAUCCACCUACGAACCCCACCAAGAAGGAGAAUUUAUCCUGAGAGUUUUCUCAGAAAAAAGAAGUCUUUCAGAGGAAGUUGAAAGCAAGAUUGAAGCAGGAAAUAUCUCUCCAAUCAUCUUUGUCUCAGAUAGAGCAAACAAGAUCAAAGAUCUGAAAGGUGGUGAAGGGCCAAGAAAGGACAAGGGAAAAACAAGUCCAGAUAAGCAAAAGAAGAACACGGAGCCUGCAGAAAGGGAUACAGAGAAUGAAGAAGAUAAACAGUUCCAAAAUAUUUUCCGACAAAUUGCUGGGGACGACAUGGAGAUCAGUGCUGAUGAACUAAGGAACGUCCUCAACAAUGUUCUGAAAAAACAUAAAGACUUGAAAACAGAAGGUUUUGCCCUGGAAUCCUGCCGCAGCAUGAUUGCCUUAAUGGAUACAGAUGGUUCUGGGAAAAUAAAUCUUGAUGAAUUUCGCCACCUUUGGACUAAAAUUAAAAGCUGGCAGAAAAUUUUCAAGCGUUAUGACACCGAUCAUUCAGGAAUCAUUAACAGCUAUGAGAUGCGUAAUGCAGUUAAAGAUGCAGGGUUUCAACUGAAUAACCAAUUGUAUGAUAUCAUUACAAUGCGCUAUGCUGACAGGAAUAUGAAUAUUGAAUUUGACAGUUUUAUCUGUUGCUUUGUGCGACUGGAAGGAAUGUUCCGUGCAUUCCAAGCCUUUGAUAAAGAUGGAGAUGGCAUUAUUAAACUGAACGUCUUAGAGUGGCUACAGCUCACCAUGUACGCCUGAUUACCACUUAUUUCACCUUCUCUUCGAUUAUUGACUUAAUCAGCCAACAUUCAGUUACAAGAUACUGAUGUCUAGCACAUCUCCCUCUUCAAAAUUACAUGGAAAGAAAGUAUAAACCAGCAGAUUUAUGUCCAAGGAAACUGCUUAUGGAGAAGUAACAAAAGCAGUGAAGCAUCUGGUGCACAAGAAGUGGUAUCUGCUCUCCUGAUGGAAUCAAUUCUAGAUGCAUGAGCUUCGUGGCAAAUCAAAAUUAUUGUUCUUAUGUUGAAAUAGCACCUCUUAUCACCUGAGAUAUUUAGGGGACAGCAGAGCAAUUUAUCAUUAUUAAACACUACAACUUGCCAAAAUGCAGUUCAUCUGAUUUAAGUAAUUCAACUUAUUUGAAAAUAACUUGACUCAAACAUUUAACUAUCUAAAUUAUGUUCAUCUGAUUUUCUUAUACGUUACAUCAGUUAUUAUUCCUGUAGCCAAAGCUUCCUACAAUUACGGUAUGUCCAGCAACAGAAUAUAUCAAUAUACACAGAUUAAAUAUUAAAACAGGAUUUGUCAAAUGACUAGACAGAUGGCUAAAUAUUGUGGUGAACUAUAGGUGGUCCUUGACCAUUCAUUUAGCGGCCAUUUGAAGUUACAAUGGCACUGGGGAAAAAAGUGACUCUCAACCACUUAAGCCUGGUGCACCAUCCCCAAAGUCAUGUUUUCACAAUUUGGGUGCUUGGCAAUUGGCAUGUAUUUACAAUGGUUGCAGUGUCCUGAAGUCAUGUGAUAGCUGUUUGCGGCCUUCCCAGCCAGCUUGUAAGAAGCUAAGUCAAUAGGGGAGCUGGGUUUGCUUAACGACAGUGUGAUUCACUUAGCUACAGUGACUAGCUCAGGAGUGUCAAACUGCCGGCUCGCAGGCCGGAUGCAUCACGCAGAAGCCACGUCCACCCCAUUGCCGGCAAUGGCAAAACAGUCCCGAUAUGUCGCACGACGUCACAUGACGUCGCAGGUUUGACAUGUCUGGAUUAGCUCAACCACUGUUGCACAAAGGUCAUAUAAUCAGGUGUGAGUCACUUUACACCAUCUCACUUAACAAUAGAUAUUCUAGUCCCAAUUAUGGUCGCAAGUCAAGGACUUCUGGCAAUUAAUUUGGUUCCUAAGCUGCAGGAAAAAUAUUUUAGCUAAAUUAUAAGUUUAUUCUGGCAACUUUGACAGACGGACAGAUUCAGCAAGUCUGGGUUUUCUUACAGUAGAACUUUUAUAGAAGUCUGUAUUGACAUAUAAACAAGACUUCUUUUAUAAGACAUUUUGCACACAGGAUUAACUGUGACCUAGUGCUAUGACUACAUUUGUUUGGAAACUGUACUCCCCCAUCCCAUUUUAGCAAAUACUAUGCAAACAAUGGUUCCAUUGUUUUGGAUAAUAUGGCAAAAGUUGCAUAAUAAAUGAGAACUCUUUCACUGGUUCUGCUGUGUUAACAUUAUGAAAUGUGAUUUUAAAAAAACCCUAGGAAAAAAAUGCUACUUGUAGGGGUCCAGUUUUUUUUUUAACAGAUGCUUGUAUGAAUUGUAUGAAGGAGGAUUGCUAUCCAAUAUUUUUGCUUAUGUUUGGAACUGUGGUUUUGGGAAGCUGACCUUUGAGGUAUGUGACAUAGCUAGGUAAAAAAUAGUGAAACAGGCUCCAUACUAAAGAAAUAUUCUUUCAAAAGGCCUUUUUGCUAUUCUUCAGAGACUGUACAGAACCUGACCCUCAGCAAUUUUAAGACAUGUCGAGUUCAACUCCCAGAAUUCCUCCUGGCUGAUUGGGGAACCUUUUUAAAGUUGCCAAGGCUGAGAAGCACUGAAUUUGAUGCUGAACAAUCAUUUUCCCAUUUUUUUCCUCAAAAGUAAAUGACAUAUUUAAAUGAUUAAGUGAAAUCUGAAAAAAAAAAUAGACUACACCACAACUCUCUUGGGAUAAAGUAAAUUUAUUUUAUUUCUUUUUGCUGUUUAUCUUAUCUAAUUCACAGCUUUGUAGCAAAAAGGAAAGACUAAACCCUUCACUGAAACAAACUGAGAAAAGAUGCUAAUUAAACAGUUACAACAGAGUUAAUAUGCUAUUUUCCCAGCUGAUAUUUCUGCUAUUACAGGAAUCUGUUCUUGCCUUAAAUGUUGUGUUGUUUGAGACCUUCUAGCUGCAUUAAUGCACAGUACUAUAUGGAGUACCUGCUUAUAUGUUCUGUGCAAACCAUUCCUCACAACUAUAGAUUAUCUAGGAAACUCAAGUGUUUAGAGCAAGUUAGCUGCUGGCUGCCUGAAUACUAAUUUUUAAUGUAUCUGUCUUUGAACAUGUGCACUAUGAAACAUAUACCCCCAACUUGCAUUUAGAAAGAAGAUAAAACGUCAUUAGAUAUUUAGGAUGCAGUCCAGACUUUUUAAGAUGGGUGCUUUGCCACUUUAUUAAGAUGUUGUAGCUUUUAUGUUUCAGUCCACGUAGCCCAGUAGUGUCUCAAAGAGCAAACAGAAGCUGGAAUACUUGCAGGUUUUCUGCUAUUUAGUGGGACAAAAAUGCAACCAGCCAAAUACCUGAAUUCUACAGCAGCUGAUACACACAACAGUCCUCCACAGCAGAACCAUUAAUGUAAAGAAACACAUUCACCACACAAACACAAAAACUUAACGGUAUUUUAAAAACACACACCUCUUGUACUGAAGAAAUAUGUUAGCAUGCAAUCCAAAUACAUUGCAUAUACAACCUACAACAACUUGCUCAGACAUCAGCCAGCACACAAAACCAAACACUUCCCACACAUUUUAAUAAUGCACUCUGCAAUUCACUCUGGGCACUUCAUUUCUAUCUCCUUCCUUUCAAAAUAAAUAUCUUCUAAAGAUAAAGUUAAUAUAUUUGAGGAAAUAAGAGAAAAACCUUCCAGAAUGGGACAUUCUUCGAAGUACAUAAUCUUGAUGCAUCUACCUUACCAUUCUAUCAAUAAUCAGCAAAUUCCAUUUUGCUCUCUUUGCAUCCAGAUUUCUAGAGCAACCUAAAGGAGCAUGCUUAUAUUUCCAACUAAAGAGGUAUAAGUACAGAAAACAACCUCAAAUCAAACAAAUAACCUGAAUUGCAAGAGAACAUUUUACAUUCCAUGUGAAAAAAUGGUGGAGCUUCAGUGUAACACACUGAAAGGAGGAGGAGUUUAACUUUCUAAGAAUUAUGUCGACAUGACCUCAUUUGCAACAAUUCUUCUCAUUAAGAAAAACAUAUAUCAUAGAACCAACUAAUAAAACCUGGCCACACUUUUAUUGCUGAACAAGUUUUACUACAAAUUAUGAAAGCAUCCCAAAAUGCACUCAUUUUAAAUGUGUGCACGCACAUACACACCUAAAUAUACAUAUAGUAUUAAACAGUAAAAAACACAAAGUAGUCCAAGUUAUCAAUCACUUGCAACUACUGAUGCCAAAAGAACAUUUAAAUUAUUGCGUAUCAAGUCACCAUCCUCUUCCAGUUAAAAUACUGAAAAAGGAACUUGAAGAGGAUGCAAAAUUAAGAUUCACUCAUUCACAUAACUAAUAACACACUCCAUAUAUUUUUCCUCGCAAAAAUACUUCCUACUUCUGUAAUUUAACUUCAAACACAUUCAAAUAAGAAUGAGCUAUAUUUUAAAAUGUCAUUUGAUAUUUGGCUAUCUACAAAAUGAAAGUUUUUGCAGCCUUUCAAGUAAGCAUUUAAGGGUUUCCUUCAGCCUGUUUGAUUUCAGCUGCCAACAAUGUCAUGAAAAGAGGAGGCACUAUUGGCCAGAAAUCACACACAAGCUACAGAACAAGAUGUCCUAACAAUAGAAGAGAACCAGUGAAUUGUUCAUUAUUUUUGAACAUGGCAAAAGGUCAAAAGAAAGGACCAGAAUCAAAACUGCUUUAAGGUUAUCUGAGUUGUCAACAAAUCAUGUACAGCAACUUCCAACUGGUUUGUUCUUCCAGCUGUUCAAGUCACUAAGUUAGACAUGAAUUAGCUUUAUGUUUAAAGGUUAAUUACAAUAUCAUUUAUUCUUCUGAUAUGUAUACAUUGUCUGGUGUAGUUAAGCUCACAGUCAGAUACUGCUAGACCAGUGGUUCUCAACCUGUGGGUCGGGACCCCAUUUGGGGUCGAACGACCAUUUCACGGGGGUCGCCAAACAAGGCUGUCCACCAUUUUUUUCCCCUUUUCUUUGGUCACACCCCUGGCACCCGGUGAUGUAUAAGUGGUUGGGGGUCACCACAACAUGGGGAACUGUAUUAUGGGGUCGCGGCAUUAGAAAGGUUGAGAACCACUGUGCUAGACUAAUAAUGAGGUUUUUAGCUUUUCUGUGGAGGAAAAACCAGAACUGAUGCCACAAGCAGUAGAUGAAAUCUAAAUAGGGAACCACUUUCUGAAAACCGCAAAUUGCAGCACCAACUUUCCCAGACAGCACUGACCAUAUACACAUUUCCUUCACAAACACAUAUGCCAUUUUAAAAAAAAA